AUGCGAUACUACGCGGACGCGAGCGUAGACUCGCCCCGCCGGGCCCACAACCGUCCAGCUGAUCCUGCCGUCAGAGGACAUUCUAGUUCCCCUGUAGUCCAAGCUGGAAAUGGGCUCCAAAUCACCCUGGCCAAAACCUUCCAUCCAACCACAAUCGGAAAACACGCCGCCAAUGCAUUAAGGCAACAGGCUGAGAAGGCCGAAGCUCGCCACCGAAAGAUGGCACAGAACAUCUACUUUCUCAAAAAGCAGCGUCGAUACAAGAAAGACGUCUUCGUCGACGACGUAUUCCUCGUCGCUGCGUCCAUCCGGCAACUCGAUUUUAGGGUUUUUGUCAAGUGGCAAAGAGAGAAAGAGCUGCAUAGGAAGGCGAGGAAGGAAUCCAGGGGGGCGCAACGCUGUUGGGAGGACGGCAUGGAAGAGCUUCUGAGAAGGAAGCAUAGCGCUUUGACCAAAAAGAAACAUGAGAGAGAUAUGGAGAGAAGGCAGAGAGCUCGGGUUCGAGAGGGGGUAGAGGCAGCGCUCCAACGCGCAGCUGCUCGGAUGCAGGCCGCGAUCGACAUACCUGAUAAAAAAGACGUAUUCUUCUUGAAAUACAGUCGCAGGGGCAAUCCCGUCAGGAAAAGGACAGGGAAAGACGUUAGGAAGGCCCUCAUGAAUGCCUUCUUGUUCGAAGAAAAUCCUCUUCCAGAACGAAGGCCCUUGGUCACCCGAUUCUUCAACAGGCCAUACGAAUCCGGGGACUACCAAGGGUUGCGCCCAAUCCCCAGUCGCUGUAUCCCAAAGGACAGACGAGACAAAUUAAAGGAAUUCCCCAUCCCCAGGAACUCCAUCAUUGGUUAUAUCGGAGACGUCGACGAGGAAAGAGGUGCUGCGCGGGUUAUCUUCUCGACUAUAACAAUUCAAGACCCAGAUGGAUCGACACGCUGCAUUGACCAGUUCCAUGGUUUGGUCAGCCACGACGAAGAGGAAGACAGCGGAGAUGAAAACGAGCAUUAUUAUAUGGGGCACUUUCCGGACCGUGGCUUCGUGGACUGGACGGAAUGGGAGGACUACCCCCGGCUGGGAUUGCGCCGCAUGGAGCGUCGCCUUGAGGAGGAUUAUUUCUGGGAGCUCCAGGCUCAGCGUCGUAGGGAAGAGCGCGAGCGGCGAAGGGAAGAACACUCCUGGCCAUGUGUCGUCGGGAAGCACGUCGAAGGCGUUGAAAAAGUGGGGGCGGUGGUCGAUUGCAAAGUAUAG